AUGGCCCAAAAUCUGGAAUCCAACUUCUCCAUCAGAAAUUUGUUGGCAGGACCAGAUGGCACCAACCCAGCGCUGACACCACCACCAUCCGAUGGGUCUCUAUCGCCCAACAUUUCCAUGUCGUCGAAUGAAGAUAAUAAUGGAAGUCGCCCGAACUUGACUUAUAGUGCGUUGGUGACAAUGGCGAUACGAAGCAGUCCUGAAGGCAAACUGACGUUGAAUGCAAUACAAAAUUGGAUCAGUGAUAACUUUCCCUUUUACCGAAAGGAUGAGCAAGGCUGGCAGAACCAGAUCAGACAGACACUAAGCACGAACUCAUGCUUCCUUAAGGUGCCACGUGCUUUGGACGACCCUGGACGUGGAAACUAUUGGGCGUUGAGUUCUGAAUUACCAGCAGUUCGUACUGCCAGUGUGGGAAAUGGAAGUGCGAUCGGAGCAUUGAUAAAUGGUGUACCACAUCCUCAGGCUCCAAAUGCGGUUUACUUCCCCACGCCCCACGAGGCUCAGCAGCAUUAUCAGGACGUAUACCAGAAACUAAUGUUCCAUCAACAACAAGUCGAGUUUCUGACUUCGCAGCAAAUAUCCACAUAA